AACACAUUUUAACAGCAGGGGGAGAGCGCAUCCCGCAAAUGAUGUAGUUUGCUUCAGCUGACAGCAGAGGCCCAGCAGAGUGGAACAGUCUUUCCGGGCAGUCAAACAGCGAGUCUGGCGUCUUUGCCGAGAGCGAAAGACAGCCGAUGAUAAACUGCUAGUACAUCUAUAUGCACCGUCUGCGUUAACAGCCCUUUGCGCUAAAACAUCCAGUGCGGCCCGGUGCUGAGGAUUUCAAUAAGCAUCUACAACGGCUAACGGGGCACAGCUAAAACAGUUAGCCGCAUCCGCACACAGGUAUGUCUGAAGUUAGUCUUGAGGCAGAGUCGGGGAAGACCUCAUCCGAGGAGCCUCAGAUGGAUUGUGAGGAGGAUGGCAAAGCAGAGGAGAGUUUGAGCAAGGAGUUAAAGCAGGAGAGCGUAGACAGCAGCAGUGUCAGGGAGGACGAUGUGAUGUACGACAUUGACAUUAACAGUGAUGAAGAGAAUGCAGAAAGCAGUAACAGGAAGGGACAGAAGCCGCAUGAUGAGGGCAUUCAGAGCGAGACUUUGGCGUCUGGUCGUGUAGCCGAUAGGGGACACGAGACGAAACGCAGCAUUGAAACGGCUGAAACACCACAGGAAAGCGGAGAUACUCACACUGAAACAAAGGAGAGCACAAUGGCCGAGGAGUCCCACAGAAGCACAGCGGCGGAGAUCCCCGUCACCAGCAAUGGAGAACUAGAGCAGAGCCCCGAGUCUGUAUUCAGCAGGGACUCUUAUCCCAGUGGCCCAGGGGCCAUAAACCUUUCAGAGACUUGUGUCACAUCAAGCAACUUUGCCUCAACCACAGAGGGCAUCAUUGAAUCAGGAGCAUACAAAGGGUCAGCAAGCCUGCCCACAUCUCCCGUGUCACCUGUAGCUCCCAGCUCGGCUGUUGCCAGCCGCCUGGCGCGCUCUUCCAGCGAUAGUCAGGCUGAGAAAGGCUCGAUGACAGCACAGCCAAAGAGCGGAGCGGUGGUGCUUUCAGAAGACUUAAAGAAUCCAGCGAUGGAAAAACUGGACUUAGUGAGGAAGUGGAGCAUCAACACAUAUAAAUUUGGUGCAAUAAACACAAAUAAUUGUGCCUGUUCUUUUCAGGAGGAGUUUGGAUACAACGCUGAAACCCAAAAGCUGUUGUCCAAAAACGGAGAGACGCUGCUGGCUGCCAUCAACUUCUUCAUCUCCAGUGUGAACACGCUCGUGGACAAAACAAUCGAAGACACCAUGAUCAAUAUCAAACAGUAUGAAGCUGCAAGGGUUGAGUAUGAUGCAUACCGUACAGAUCUGGAGGAGCUGAAUCUGGGGCCGCGUGACGCCAACACCGUGCCGAAGAUCGAGGUGUCUCAGCAGCAGUUCCAGACCUACCGCGAGAAAUACGAGAGGAUGCGAAACGACGUCUCCGUUAAGCUGAAGUUCCUGGAGGAGAACAAGGUGAAAGUUCUGCAUAAUCAGCUCAUCCUGUUCCACAAUGCCAUCGCUGCAUACUAUGCUGGAAAUCAACAGCAGCUGGAACAGACACUCAAGCAGUUCCACAUCAAGUUGAAAAUGCCAGGCGAGGACAGUCCAUCUUGGCUGGAAGAGCACUAAUCAUUCCUUUUCGGCUACAUUUGACAGGACAUGUCAAAUUUACAGAGAAACUACAGGAGCUUUCUUCCCUCUUUAAUGCUAUUCUCGCUGCUUUUCGAACUUUGAGAACUGUAAAUGAAAAUAAUGCAAAAACGGAAAAAAAAAACCUCCCACAUUCCAUUUGUCUUUGUUAAAUCGUUUUCCUUCUUCUUGGUUAUUUCACAUCAUUGAAACACGCACUUUUGCACUGUUUGACAGAUGUGUCAAACAGCUGUUGCUGCAGUAAACGCGUUUGGAAACUCUACAUGGCCUUUUGUAUUCCAGCGUAUGAUUGUUGUAUCCCAGCACAGUGGACAUGUUGGCUUUGUAAAGUGGGGCAGCUAUGGGAUCAAAACAACUGCCGUUUUACUCACAUUCUUUAUACUGCUCUUAUCAGCCGAUGAAUGCUUUGCAAAAGAUAAGCAGGAAGCUUUUUUUUUUUUUAAAUGCAAAUCCUUUAAUGAAUUGAUCAAUUUUACCCACAAACUCUGAUUAAAGUGGUAGUUUGA